GUUCUAUGGCCCAAAAUACAACAAAUCAUCAACAUAUCUGGUUUGUUGUGAACAGAAAAAUUGUUUCAUUUUAUUAGUUUCCUAAACAAUUUUUCUAAUAUUGAGGAAAAUGAGCGAAAGGCGUUCUUCCGACGUUAGUCCUCCAAAUUCGAGAUUAUUCGUAAUUGGAAGCAAAACAUUGAGUGAAAAAGAUUAUUGGGAUGCUUUUCAAGAAUAUGGAGAAAUUGAAGAGGUUUGGGUCGUUAAGGAUCGAAAUACAGGAGAAAAUAAAGGUGUUACAUAUAUAAAAUAUGCUAAAACUUCACAAGCUGCUAAAGCUCUUGAGGCUAUGAAUGGAAGAUUCAUUGGUAAUGCCAAUAGAAAUAUCAAGGUUAUGGUAGCUGCUAGUAAAGAACAAGGUACUAAAAGAGAUGAUAAAGAAACGGAGGAAGAAAGAACUACAAGAUUAUUUGUUAAAAUUCCUAAAGAUUGGACCAAAACGGAACUAUUUGAUGCUUUCAAAGAUUAUGGAAACAUCGACUAUGCUAAUGUUAUAAAGGACAGAAAUACAAAUGAAAACAAAGGAUUUGGUUUUGUUAAGUAUUUUAAGUUCUCAGAUGCAGCUAAAGCAUUUGAAGAAUGUGAUAAAACUUUUAGAGCAGUAUUUGCAGAACCCAAACAUAGUUUGAUCAAUAAAAAGAAUGAUGAUAAUCGUUUCCCAAUGUUCAAUGAUAAUUUUAGAGAUAUCCCUAGUAGUAAUUUCCGAAACAAUGCCAGAAGUGAUAAUUCUAUUCUUUCACCUCCAGAUGUAGUAAAUAGGGAAGGAUUCACAGGAUUGAUAGUUUCUUGUUCACCUUUAUUAAGUCAAGAUGAGGUAUGGAGGCUCUUUGAUAUUAUUCCAGAACUCGAAUAUUGUCAACUGAGAGUGUUUGGACCUGGUCCACGGCCCGCAAGAGCAGUGGCAUCUGUAGUUUAUAGCAAUCCCAAAUGGGCUGCUUAUGCUUUGGAAAAAUUGAACGGUUUCGAAUAUCCAUUGGGAAUACCUUUACUUAUCAAACCUGAUUUUGACAUACAACCACCCAGGCCUUCUUUUUCGAGAAAUAUGAGAAACGAUAGGGAUCAGAGAGAUUACAGGAUGAAUGACGGAGGAAGCACUAGUAAUAGCAUGUCUUCUACCUCGGAGUUGACGAAACUAGCAGAAACUUUGGCCCAGGCCUCUAGUCUUCUACAAGCAGCUGGGCUGUCUCCAGAUCUGCUGUCAGGUAAAUUCACUCCAAAAAUAGAGACUGUUUGUAAUGUGAAGUUGCCUGAUACCAAACCAUUAGCAAAUAUAGAUGCCCCCGUUGAAGCGAGAUGCUUCAUCGUAUGUUCUCCAAAUCCACCUCCUGUCGGUGUCUUGAGAGAUAUUUUCUGUCGUUUCGGCAAUUUGAUAGAUGUGUACCUACUCAGUGGCAAGAAUUGCGGAUACGCCAAAUACAGCAAGAGAGAAUGUGCAGAUGAAGCGAUCAAGACUCUCCAUGGUGCCGAAAUCUGUGGUUGUCGAGUCAAAGUUCUCGAAGCAGCGGAGCAACCUGAAAUGAAAAGAAAGCGACCAAGGUUGGAAGAUGGCCAAGAAUAGACUUGGUUUUUUGGACAAAUCAGACUUGACAAGAACAAAAAAAACUUAAUUGACAGGAGCUAUACUGGACCUAUUCGCAUACAGAACCUCAAUUUAGACCAUAACAAAACUUAUGACAAUUUUACUUCACCCACUACACUUGUUUUUUUUUUAUUAGAGUUGUAAUUUUUUUUUUUUAAUAAAAUUUUUAAGAAA